UCCUUCUGCAUAGCUGUCUAGCUGCAGUGCUAACGGUGCUAACCUUAGCCGCAGGAAACUACCAUCCAAAGACUUGAUGCUAAUAUUUCUGAUUUAAAAGUCAGGAUGCAAAAACAAUGCGCUGCUCCAAACUGUCCCAGUGGUAAAUCUGACUCCCACAUGCUCUUCAGGUUUCCGAGUAAUCCAGAAAGGUCCAAGAAGUGGGUUGAAAAGUGCCAGAGGAAUGACCUGGUGGACGAGCCCCCGGAGCAGCUGUGCAGAUACUACAGACUGUGUGGAAAACACUUUGAAGCAUCUGCGUUUGAUGGUGAUGCUCAGAGUACAGUGCUGAAGGAUGAUGCCAUACCAACUGUAUUUGAUGGGCCAACCCAACCCCAAAAUGGACAAGCGAAGCGCUCUAAAGAGACGACAAAAGAAAAUGAAAAUGACAGCAAGGGGAAGAAAAAAAUCAAAAAGUCCCAAGCAGACCCCACUGAGGAAGAUAAGCAGGCAGUUCCAGAGGAAGAAGAACAGAAAAACUAUCUCAAGUCUUUAUUUGAAGUUCUUAUUGUGUUGGGAGGGCAAAGCAUUGCCCCAACAGGCCCCGCUGAUAACAAAGAAGGCCUUGAGUCAAGCAACUUUUAUGCAUUACUAGAUUAUCGCAUGAACUGCAGAGAUGACGCAUUAAAGAAGAGGUAUGAUGUGUCUAAGCAGUACUGCACCUCAGACGAGCUGAAUCAGCUGAUGGAGGUUUGUGAGAAAUAUGUGCGCAGUAAGGUGGUAGAGGAGGUUAAACAAAAUGGGUUUUUCUCAUUGCUAACUGAUGAUCCGGUAAGGAUCUCAGGAGAAUGGGGCCUCCCAGUCUUUGUUCGUUAUCUGGACCAGUCUCAAUGCCAGCGGGAGAGGUUUGUGGGGUUCUUGAGCUUUGAAGGAGAUGGAGAUGCAAUGGAUGAGAAAAUGCUGUCUGAAAUGACUGACAAAUGGGGUUUAGAUAUGGAGCAGUGUAGAGCUCAAGCUCACUCUGACUCUGGGACACAUUGUAGUCAAAUGAAAGCGCUUGCCUCCAAACUGAUUGAAAAGCAUCCGAGGGCAAUCCUUGCAUUCAGAUCUAAUCAUGCCUUGAAUGUGUCACUGGCCAAAGGUAUGGCUUUGACAGGCGUUCAGCUCGUCAUGUCCACCUUUAAGAGGAUUGAGUCUUUCUUCUCUCGGUCACCUUUGCUGCAGCUUGAAUUUGAGCACGCCAUUUCCAUUUUCUACCCUGAAAAAGAAGACAAAGCCAAUGAACUGAAGGAGAUCUCCAGAACCAACUGGACCAGAAGACAUGAUGCAUUUGAGGUGGCGCUGGACAUCGUAGAGGCACUGCUACUCUGCGUAGAUAGCGUGCACGACAACGAGGACAUGAGGUGGAAUGACCAAGUUACUCACAAUGCCUUAGAAAUCUCAAAAGCAGUAACGGAGUUUGAGUGCAUCAUGACGUUGACUGUACUCAAACACGUCAUGGUGCUAACCCAGGCUUUUGGGAAACACCUACAAGAAAACGCAACAGGUGUCCAUCUUGCUGUUAACAGUUUAAAAGCUGUAUUGCACUCACUGACCGAGGUGUCCCAAAACAUUGAUGUGUUUCAUGAGUUCUGGUUCGAUGAGGCCGUUAACCUAGCUGCAGCCAUGGAGAUCCCAGUCAUGGUUCCUCGGUCAUUUCUAAGGAAGCAUCAGGGACAUCCUGGAACCAUUAACACUCAGAGUUACUAUAAGCAGCACCUGUCAGUUCCUGUGGUGAACCACGUCAUCCGGGAACUGACUGAAAUCUUCUCUGAAGACCAUCUGAAGGCUCUCAGAUGUUUGUCCUUGGUGCCUGCCAUCAUAGAACAGCAGAAAUCCCAGCAGCCCGAAGAGGAGAGCAUACAGGUUUUCAACGAUGAUGUCCCAAAUGCAGGGACCCUUUCUGCCGAACUGCACUGCUGGUGCGUUAAAUGGGGCAAAAAGGGCAAAGACCAAACGUUUCCCUCCACACUCCAUGAAACGUUGCAGUUGGCCGACGUGAAGUUCUUCCCCAACAUGCUGGCACUCCUGAGACUUAUCAGCAUCCUGCCAACCGUGGGUGCAGAGGACAGCUGUACUGUAGCCAGCAAACGCUACAGGAUGUACAUGGAGAACAUGCCGGACAAAGUCAAAUCAAAAAGCCUUGCACUUUUGAACAUAAACUAUGACGUUGAAUUUAAUCUGGAUUCACUGGUGGAGAUCUACAUGAAGACGUACCCUGACAGCCAGGAUCAGUCAUAGUUGUCAUGUACCAAUUGACCAUCUAGACAGAAUAGGUAGUUAAACUUUGUAGACCUCACAUGGUAUUUACCAUAUUUAGUAGACUUACAUUUUUUGUGAUGUAGAAGGAAAAACAGGACUGCACCUUUGUCCUACCAACUGUGACAUUGAAAGUGUCUUGAGGUCAUUGGGUCUGGAUGGAGAACACUCAGACAUCAUCCUUACUGGAGAUACCUGCGGUGUUGCCGACUUGUUCUGUUGCAAUUUGUAGCUGCAUCAUUUGCAAUGUUUGUGAGAUCUUACUGUGAGCUUUGUUGGCGUUCCUGCAGUCACACAAGGAUUUCUGGACAUGCAUUCCCUUUAUCAUUGUGUAAAUAAUGAGGUGGGAUUUUUAAUAUGUCAUAUUUCGUCGUUUGCAUUCCAAAUUUAAGUGUUUUCAUGUUCCCCUACAACCAUUUUUGAUGCAAAUUUCUUUUGAUAUUCAAUUGAUAAUAAAGUGUAUUGUGAACAAAGUGCUGAGUUUGAGCUUUCCCCUGUUUCCUUUCCACUCCGCUGCUUGCCGUUUAUUGAAUCUGAUAUAAGUGAAGAUGAACCUUACACGGUGUCAGAGUUGGCAUCAACCCCUCCACCCAUGAUCACGCAUUCCAAGCUUAAAGUUCAGAUUUAAAGUCCUCCAAAUGUCUUUUCUGGAAACACUUUCCUGUUCUUAGGAAAGGGUUUGCCAAAUAGAUUAGCACAUUUUUGGGUUGCCUGGGGGCUUGGAAGAUGGUGCAGACAUCUGCCAAUAAGAUCAGUGGUUUGUUCUGGUUUGCUCCGGUCUGUGAAGUUUCCUUGGAGAAGACACUGAACCCACAUCCCUCAGUGUGUUCAUUUGUGUGGUAUUGGUGGAGAAAAUAGUGCUUGAGCUAUUAAAUAUUAUACAUUAUUAAAUGCUUUAUGAAUGUGUUAUUGUUUUUAGGUGGGCAACAAGACUAGGGAAACACUGUUUAAAUUUUAAUUCAGUUAUGGUUCAUGAGUUGCACAAUAUGUGCCUAUACUUAGGUUUUAUUGAGUUUCAUUUAUUUUGAUCCAUCCCCUUUAUUUUGCACAAUUAAGCCAUAAAAUGCCUGAACAACCUCAUGUCUUUAUUGACUAAGUCUCUACCUUGAAGUUAUUUUAAACCAUUGAAGCAGAAAUGGAUGUAUCUUAUGUCUAUUUACUGUGCAUCAGACAAUAUUUCAGUUAAGUAACCCUGAACAAGACAAAUGUUUUAAAACCGUUUUUAUCGCGCAGAUAGCCGUUAAUUUCUGUUCCCG